AUGGAAGGAGGAAAUGUGGUGCCUGAUUGUAGUGAGCUUUCCGACCUGGAGAGCACAGCAGAAAGCGAGCCUGAUCUUUUCACUACAUUUUCUGUGAAAACUCUUUUUGGAUUUACAACUAAGUUUGAAUCCACAGCUCGCAAAGACGAAACAGUGCUUAAAGCAUUUCAGCCUUUGCACACCCAUAUAAAUACUCAUGCUAAUACCUGGUAUGAGAGGAAUGAUGAUGAUUGUAAUGACGACUCGGAAAAUCACCACAGCAUGAAUAGUACCAGUGGCCAAGCUGACCCAAUGUCUGGCAGGCAAACUGACCUGGAACUGGAGUUAGCUGAACAAAAUGAAUUACUUCUUCACCAUUUAAGGUUUGUACAGACUUCUUUGUCUGAAUCUGACAAUGAUGACAAGGAUGCUAUUCUUGUACAAGGUACUUUGGUUCAUACAACAAGUGAUACAGAAUCGGACACGGAGAGUAAGGACCUAGACACCGAUGAAAACAAUACAGACGAAUCCUCGCUAAAUAAUGCUGCGUUGUCUGCUGAGGCUUUGGAUGAUAACAAUCAAAAUAAAGAAGAGUCAGAGUCAGAAGGGUGCAGCAACAGCAAUGACACUGUGGAUACAGAUGACAUUGAGUUACACCCACCAGCUUCUAAGCGGCUCCCAGAAGAGCUGGAUGGUAUUCUGGAGCAUGACUCCAAUGGAAAAGACAAAAUGUUAAUGGACGAGCAGUUCAGUCGCUUGCUUGCCACAGGGGAAUGCCCUCAAGAACUUCCAGAUGAAGAACGAAGACCUUCAGCUGAUAAUACAUCGCUCCAAAAAACAGCACUGGCUGAAAAGACCUUCCAGCUGCCCGCUUUCUUUAGUGGACUACGUGUGAGGAAAAAGGGACUAACCACAGAGGAUGGGGAAACUGUUACAGAAAUUAAACCAAGGGAGAAUGAUUUAGCUCUGCUUAAAUUACGACAGCCGGUUAAGAAAUCCAGUAUUACAUCAGGUUUGACCACUAAAAAAAAAUCAGCUGAACCUAAGGCAAGCCCUACUUUCCUGGAACAACUCUCGCACUUGUUAAACAUAGACGUCUCCAAGAAUGAAGAUAGAACUGAGGACUCUGGGGAGGGAUCUGGGGAGGCUGAGGACAGUGAUGAAGCUCAGGAGAACAAAGCCUCCGGCAAAACAGAACCACGAUUUCCCUCUGAGGAAAUAAAAUCAAGCCCCGCAGAAUCUGCACUGGACGUCUUUAAAGCUUUAUUCACACGGCCUCCCAAAAAAGAAACAACUGCAGAUACUUCAGAGCUGGAAGCCAUAAAGCGCAAAAUGAGAAAUGAAAAAGAGUCCUUGAAAGCUGUAUUUGAAAGGUCAAAAUCAAAGCCUGGGGAUGGACCAGCAGACAAAUCUCCUGACCUGAGUCCCUCAGAGCAAGAUGACAAGACUCCAGGGAGACUCCAGACUGUCUGGCCGCCACCAAAAGCAAAGCAUGAAGAAGUAAAAGUAGGAUUAAAGUACACAGAAGCAGAGUACCAAGCUGCCAUUUUGCACUUAAAGAGGGAACACAAAGAAGAAAUUGAAACAUUAAAGUCUCAGUUUGAACUCAGGGUAUUCCAUAUUCGUGGGGAACAUGCUGUAUCAACUGCUCAGCUUGAGGAAACCAUUGCACAUCUGAAGAAUGAACUCGAUAAUAAAUUAAACAGAAUAAAUGAAAAAGCAAAGGAUAUCGGUGUUUCUACUGAAGAUGAUAACCCACCAAAGACAUACCGAAAUGUAUGUAUACAGACUGACAGAGAAACUUUCAUAAAGCCUAGUGAAGAAGAAAACAGAGCUGUGAAAAAUAACCAGAUAGUACCCAGAAAGCUUAAUAUUUCUUCUUUGUCACAUAGUAUUUCUGCCCAAAGUGAAAAUAAGGACAAUUACAAUGUACAGUCUUCAGAAAGUGUCUUAUCUUGUCAACCAAAACAAAUGCUGCCUCCUCCACCACCACCGCCACCUCCUCCUCCCCUUCCUGAUUCUUCACUACCAGGUUUAGUUCCUCCACCACCACCUUUGCCAGCGGGUCUGACUUCACUGACAUCUCAGUUUGGAUCUAGUCCACCACUGCCACCUCCACUUUUUGAAGGCUGUAGGAAUUUUCAAGCACCACCGCCACCACCACCACUUCCAGGGUCGGGACCUCCUGUUCCUCCUCCACUGCCUGGAUCUGGUUUACCUCCACCCCCUCCACCUCCAGGGCCUGGGUCCUUUUUUAAUAGCACUUUAUCGUCAAACCAAGGUCCUCGAAAACCUCCCGUUGAACCUAGCCGUCCCAUGAAGCCUUUGUAUUGGACACGGAUACAAUUGCAAGGUAGCAGGAAAACUGCUAUGCCAACAUUAUGGGAAUCACUAGAAGAACCUGAUAUACUUGAUACUACUGAAUUUGAAUAUUUAUUCUCCAAAGACACCACUCAGGAAAAAAGAAAACCAUUAUCAGAGACUUAUGAAAAAAAAACCAAGGCCAAAAAGAUUAUCAAAUUGCUGGAUGGAAAACGGUCUCAAACUGUAGGUAUUCUAAUAUCCAGUUUGCACCUGGAGAUGAAGGAUAUUCAACAAGCUAUACUUUGUGUUGAUGACUCCGUAGUAGAUCUGGAAACACUGGAAGCACUAUAUGAAAAUAGAGCACAAAAGGAUGAACUAGAGAAGAUAAAGCAAUAUUAUCAGACUUCAAAAGAGGAGGAACUGAAGCUUCUGGAUAAACCAGAACAAUUUUUAUAUGAGUUAUCUCAGAUCCCCAACUUCACAGAACGAGCUCAGUGUAUUAUCUUCCAGUCAGUUUUCUCUGAAGGGAUAACGUCAGUGCACCGGAAAGUUGAUAUCAUAACUCGUGUUUCCAAGGCUUUGCUGAAUAUGACAAGUGUAAAGGAAAUUUUAGGUUUGAUUCUGGCUUUUGGAAAUUAUAUGAAUGGCGGGAACAGGACCCGAGGUCAAGCUGAUGGAUUUGGUUUGGAAAUACUCCCCAAACUAAAGGAUGUCAAAAGCAGAGAUAGUGGUAUUAAUCUUGUGGAUUAUGUCGUCAUAUAUUACCUACGCCAUUGUGAUAAGGAAGCAGGAACAGACAAGAGUAUUUUUCCUUUACCAGAACCACAGGAUUUUUUCCAGGCCUCCCAAGUUAAGUUUGAAGACCUAAUAAAAGACUUAAGGAAACUGAAGAGAGAUCUAGAAGCCUCUGAAAAGCAGAUGAAGUUAGUUUGCAGAGAGUCUUCUGAAGAGCAUCUCCAGCCCUUCAAGGAGAAAUUAGAGGAAUUCUUCCAUAAAGCUAAAGAAGAACGUAAAAAAGAAGAGAGCAGUUUGGAAAAUGCACAAAAAUGCUUCGAAGAAACAGUGGGAUACUUUGGGAUAAAGCCAAAGCCUGGCGAGAAGGAGAUCACACCAAACUACAUUUUCACGGUGUGGUACGAAUUCUGCAGUGACUUCAAGACCAUUUGGAAACGAGAGAGCAAAAGCAUUUCCAAGGAACGAAUUAAAGUGGCUCAGCAAUCAGUAAGCAAGUUAACUGCAGAGAAGAAAGUUGAAACAAAGAAAAUCAAUCCUACAGCUAGCCUGAAAGAAAGACUACGUCAGAAGGAAGCCAAUGUGACCGCCAACUGAAAGAAGAAAGAUGCAAAUGAUAGUGUGACUUCAUACCUUGCAUGAUGCUUUACUACACCCAUGGCCCAGGGAGCACCUUAUGUUAGAUACUGAAUUCUGCUUUGCUGAUCUGUUCCAAGACAAUCCACUAAAGACUUUUCAGUUCCUUCAGAGGGGUUUGUACAUUCAGUGGAGGGAAUUCUAAGAUGGUUUUUACAUGGGAAGUCAAAAUUAUUUUCUGUAACUCUUCCUUUAAGCAAUGUAAUUGCUUAAAAUGCAUCUGGUUGUUAACGGUUAUUUAAAGUACUCUGUGGAUAAUGCACUAAUAUGGAAGAGCUAAAAUGAGCAUUUUGGAUGCUGAGUUAAGUAAUGACUAACAACCUGUAGGUUAUUUACAGGGCUUUGUGUAGAUGAGAGCAAAUACGCCAUUCAGCUCACAAAAGACCAUUACAUCAUACUUUUUGUUACUUCAGCAGUAACUGAGGUAAAAUUGACUGAUUCUAAAUAAUUUUACAGUGUCUAAGUAUUGGAUGCAUCUUUCUAAAACUGAUUAAAUGUAACUAUAGAUUUAUGCUGUAUUUUACUAUAAAUAUUUUUAUAGAAGCUUCAGCUUAUGCC